AUGCUUAAGAAUAAGAAGAGAAAAGAAGGUUGUAAGAAGCGAUGGCGUCAAAAAACUCGAAAAGCCAGUGGGAACGAAGCCUCCACUGAGAUCAAGAAGGGGCUAUAUCAUUUCACUGCAAGACCUUCUCCGGUAUCCCUCUACGAUGAGUACAGACAACGCAAAAAGAAGAAAUAUCUCACUCCAGCCUCGAUCCUGCAGGCAGCCAACUUCAUUAAAGCCCCUGGUUUCCGUCUCUUCAACCGUCCCGAUAGUCAUGUGAUGAUAUUUGAUGAAUAUAAUCAGAAUCGACUAGUCGGAAUAUUUCAGUUUACACCUUUCUCCAAGAUGACACCCAACCAAAGAGAAGAUCUCGAUUUCCUAGCUGGCUUCUUCCAUUCCCACAAGAAAUACGUGAAUCCAGUUUCCAACUUCAACUCGGCAUGUCUUGGUGGCAAAAUGAAUAUGCUCGGUUGGAGGAAAUGCAUGAAACCCAAUGAACGAGCUGGCCUGUUUUUAUCUCAGGCGAAAAUCAACAAGGAUGUUCAUGGCUUCACCUCUGUGGUUCGACAGGGACAUCAAGCUGGCGUCAUCAUCGGCAAAUCGUUCAAGGAUCUAGCCGACAAUGCUUUUGCAAAGAACCAUGACAUCAUGGUAGAAUACGACAUGCCCUCUUUUGGUGAUGCAACCCUAGACGAUCUCGAAGUAAACAAUUUUUCAGCAGCGAGUUCUCUAUCCUAUACAUACGGUGGAUUUUACAAUUCACCUCACACAGACGAUCAAGAUGUUUCAGAAUUCGCCUAUGUCCAAUGGAUCCCAACUUUUGCGAAGACUGGUAAGGUUGCUACUCAUGCUGAGGGGUUCAAUGUUGUUGGUGGCGAGUUUGUGUUUCCAGACUGUCGGUUCGGAUUAGGCUUUGAGAACUUGGAUGGGGUAGCGAGAAUGGUCUGGCGGUCUACUGAUUACAAGCAUUUCACCAUGUUUUCACAACCCAAUUCAACCUUCAAUCGCUUGGCUUUUUCGUUACAGCUAAACAAAAAGACAGUCAAUGUUUUCAAGAAUAUUAAAACUCAAGAAGGAGCAUAUUUAAAUAUGCAUGAUGGUGAUUUAAACUAUAUAUUAGCCACUGCAGAAAAACAAAAAAAAAACCUAAAGUAGAUUGUAGUUUGUGCAUUUGUUAACCGAAAUAAAUAUCUUGCCAGUUUCCUCAGUCUCUUGUCAUUUUCUUCUAUCUCCAGUGGUGCUCCACAUUUAUUUGAAGCCCCAGACUUGUGCAUUCAAUGAGAAUGAUUGUGAUACCUUAUCCAAUUUGCAAUAAAUUUAUCAGGACC